AUCAGUGCAGAGAGAGAGAGAGGGGGAAGCGACGGAAGAGCUCAAGAGAUGGGAGUUCACCCUGAGCGGCAACGCCUUGAAGACCUUGGCUCGCUCCAUCGCUUGCCUCUCCCGCAUCGGCAACGACCUCGCUAUCCAAGCUUCUCCCUCCCAGUAUCUGGCGCACAAGUUCAAUUGAGUAUUCUUUUGAAGGCUGUCUGUUCUGUCCUUAGAACACCUAUUACAAACAUUGAUUAUUUGAGUGUGCAAUUACCAGACAUCAAUGCAUCAAAAGUUCAAUGGGCUCUGCAGUGCUUCAAUGGUAUUAAGAAAACAUACUGGAUUUCUUGCAAUGUUGACCCCGACAUACAACAAUUAUCUCUGGAUAGGAGAAGAUACCCAAGCAAUUUUGUAGUGAGGCCUCGUGAUCUGAACAGAUUGCUUGCAAAUUUUCAGUCAUCCCUUCAGGAAAUUACUAUCAUUGCAACGUACGCAACUCCGACCCUUCUGAUGCUGCAAGUGAAUUUGGUGGGAAAGUUGUUGAGUUUCGAAGCUACAUUGAUCCUACCAAAGCUGUGGAUAGAUCCUGCGGAAGAGUUUGUGCAGUAUGCUCAUAACGGCAACCCAGUAGACGUGACUUUUGCUGUCAAAGAGUUGAAGGCAUUUCUUGCAGUCUGUGAGGGAUGUGAAGUGGACAUUCAUUUGUACUUUGAGAAGGCCGGCGAGCCUAUUUUGAUGGCCCCUAAAUUUGGCAUUGGUGAGGGGGCCUCUUCCAAUUUUGAUGCUACACUUGUAUUGGCCACAAUGCUCACAUCACAAUUACAUGAAGGUAAUACUGGACCUUUAGCAAAUGGAAUGCCGGGCCAGGCUGAUACUGGGGAAGCUUCUGGAGAACAGUCAGAGAGGAAUAGAACAAGUGCUUCCGAGAUUCCAUCUAAUCAUACCAGAAUAUGGUCUGAACUCUCGGGAAGUGCUGCGAAAAAUGACGGUGGUUCUGAUGGAAGGCAAGUUCCAGAAGAAAGGAUCUUAAAAGCUGGUGGUCAGUCGGGAAUUGAAAGGAUUAGCACCAUUCAAUUAUCAGAAGCUACAUCAGCUGAAGGAAACAUCCAAACUGAUGGACAUGGUUUUUCACAACGUCAUCCAAGUAAUUGGGUUGAUGCCAAUGAGAAUGAGGAUGAUGAUAACGAGGAUGGUGAUGAACUCUGUGUUCGAUCAACACCACCAUAGUUUGAAGAUCAAUAGCAUUAUGUUUCCUGUUUAACCAUGAUAAACUUGCUCUCUGAGUUUUACUGGUAAGGGCUUGUGCUUUCCAAUGCUUGAGAUAUCCUGUCCUGUGUUCCUUCAGAUACUUGGAGUAGUGUCUUGCUUGCUUUAAGUGUCCUUUGUUAUUUUUUUUUUCUCGUUUUUCAUCUACUUGACUAUACGUUAGUGCUCGUGCCUAUUUAGCUAGUCCAGCAUGCAACAAAGCUGCCAUUU